AUGCCCCAACAAGAAUUUUACCUCAUCAUCAUCCCGCUCAUAGAAGAUUUCUCUAUCAUCCCUACGCAAAAUGCCCAUUUCCCUAUCCCUUCGACGCAUUUCUUCUUCUGCAGCCAAUCUCUCGCCCACAGAAAGUUGUUCAUAUUCAUCGUCAUCCACAAUGCGUUCAUCGUAACGAUCCAGAUGAGGCAUAGGACGAUAAUCACUAUUCAACAAAAAAAAAAAGAUUUUUUUUAUUGUGACAUCACACUUGAAAUGGUUAUCCCAACGACCGAGAAUGAAUGGAGAAACAUUGCAGACGACUUCGAAAAGAGAUGCAACUGUCCGAACUGCCUGGGGGCGGUAGAUGGAAAACAUGUCAAUAUAAAACCGCCCACCGGAAGUGGUUCAUAUUUUUAUAACUAUAAAGGAGCAUACAGCCUAGUGCUCUUGGCAGUGGUCAACGCAAAUUACGAGUUCAUUAUGUGUGAUUUCGGGAUCAACAGCCGCAUAUCUGAUGGAGGAGUUAUUGAGUACAACCAGUUUUACCGGAAGCUUAAAGAUAGGAAACUCUCCAUACCACCUCCAACAAGAACAAUGAACAGUAAAGAAGCAUUGCCAUUUGUUUUUAUAGGUGAUGAAGCGUUUGCACUCCGCUGUGAUUUCUUGAAACCAUUUAGCCAGAGAGACUGGGAUCAUGAUAAGAAAAUUUUCAAUUAUCGUCUCUCAAGGGCAAGGAUGUAG